CAUAGUCAAAGAAAGAAAAAGAAACAACAAAAGUAGCAAUAACAUAAGACCAUACCCAGCUUGCAGCCUGAGUAGCAUCAAUCUAAAGCCUAGAUUGUCAUCCAAAUUGCAUAAAGAAGUUCUUGACUGCCCGCCGGCUCCAGUGUAUUGCAUGCCAAUGCUCUUGCUGCUGCAGCACAACCUAUGUAUGGAGCCAGCGUAUAAAUGUAUAAAUAAAAUUGGAUAAAGAAGUUCUUGACUGCCCGCCGGCUCCAAUGUAUUACAUGCCAAUGCAAUGAUAUGACGAUGCUCUUGCUGCUGCAGCACAACCUAUGUACGAAGUCAGUGUAUAAAUGUAUAAAUAACCUAUAUAGUAGAGCUAUUUUUUCUCUUAUUAAAGACAAUAUUAUUUCUGUAUAGCCAUAACGAUCAACACAAAGUUGUCGUCGCUACCAUUAUAAUAACUUUCUAAGUGUUUACUAAGAUCACCAAGCCAAUUUCUAAAGAUAAUUGAAAUACUACACGGUGGGAAAAGGGUCGAUGCCACUUGAAUGAUAAAACAUACAGAUCUUGCAAAUCAACAAUAAAAAAUAUGCUUAUUUUCUUAUUUUUGUAACAGAAGUAACACUUUUGACUAUCUUGACAUCAACAAUAAAAAAUAUGCUUAAUUGUCUCAUUUUUAUAACAAAGUAAUACUUUUGACUAUCUUGAUAUUAUCUUUUGAUUAGAUUAUCUUUUGUUAGUAGUACGCACUUUCGUAGGUACCAUAGAAACACUUUAAUUUUUACAGGUACUUUUAAUUUUCAUAGUUUUGUUCAUGUUAGGUGCAUCACUCGAUAGAGUGAAUUCACUGAGAACUUUCCAUCUUUAUUCAAAUUCCAGUGAAAUUCAUCCGGUUGUUGUGUUAGAGUGAUGUUGAUAAGGCAAGGAAGCAAUCCGUUCCAUGCUAUCAAUUUUGGGCCAAUUAGUUACGGCCGAAAAGAUAUAUUGGAUGAGUAAGAUUGUAAUACACUGGCAACAAUAUCCUAUUUAUUUUGUGCUAUAUUAUAUGAGCUUGAUAUCGCUCGCAAAACCAAGAAUUUCCUAACCAGCUUGGAUGUUGGCAACAGUAUAUUGUCUGUCGUCCUCUGUGCUUGCUAGCUAUCGUCAUCAUCAUGGCCUUGCUGUUGGCGCACCAGGGAAGAAGAAAGAAUGGGGUCAAAAGGCCGGGUAGCAUAUAUAUCAAGGAGUGCAAGCCAAGAAAGCAGCACGACUACAACUAGUAAGUGGAUUGCAUCAUAGUAUACCAUGCUAUGGUUGACAAAUUGAAGAGACCUUAAUAAUUCCCAUCUUCUUUACAUGGCAACGAUCGAUCGGUCCUUGUGAUGGUAUCAUACGAUACAAUACGGAACGGAACCGUGGCUAGACCAUCUAAUUGACAAAUGAAUGAGGCUCUAGUGCUCUACUCCAUCUAGUCUAGUUUCAUUCAUUUUCUUGUUUCUGGAUGUAUGCAUGGUUGACCUGAGUUUCGUGCAUCUUUAUAGAUACAAACCGAUUCGCUAACCGAUCCGUCUCUCACUGUCACCGUACAUUUAAUCCCUGUUGGUGACUGAAAGAAAAUCUCGGAUGGAUUCAGAUGUCUUUUAAAAUCGGAGGAACAAUAACACGCACUGACGCAGAUAUAUAGCCAGAUCGCAGGUGGAGCUGGGCAGGCAGCAACCAUGUGUGGUGUGGUGUGGUGUGGCGUGGCCUUUUCAGGUGCGCAUGUUGAUAGAUAGGUGAUGAGACCAGCUGAGGUCAAAUCGAAAGAUGAUGCAGAUGGAUGGAUCGACGGACAAACAUAGAUGGAUGCACCGUCACCACCUUCAAUUAUACUCCAAAAUGCUUCGUAAUCAGCCCAGCCACCAGCUGUUAACCUCACCUCGAUCAGUAUGCAUUCAUGACCACACCUUGCAAACCCCUCUUUUUCUUUCCAUGCUUCUUAAUAUUCAGACGCCCGCAAAUGGGAACUCUCUCGGUCGCCGGUCAUCUUCACCGUCGACUGGUUAGGGUUAGCGGCAGGGUUUGCUUCUGGGCGUUUUCACCGAUUGGUUGUCGAGCUUAGAAAGAUGGUCCUGGUAGGCACAGUAGAGGAGGUGUGCGGCGAGCGGAGUGGUGAGGUGACCAGGGCGGCACGGAUGGUGAAAGACAAUUGGCACGUGGUGAACAUUUAGCCACAUGAGCAUGUAAAAAUGGAUUGGUUAGGAUGGUGGUGGGCGGCGAGAGCGGAUCCGGUGGUGAGAGAGGUGCUGAAGACACAGCAGGCGGGCAUGCAAGGGAGCUCUUCACAUCAGCGCACAAGGAGAAGAAACAAACACGAGGAAACAAAAGAGAGGAGGAGCACACGAUCCAAAUCCAACGGUUGUCCUUCGUCAACUGAAAACCCCCUCAUUUUUCAGGCGGAUAUCAUCACCCGUUUCUUUCACUCUCAAAUAGCCACUCAACCAUAUAAUGCAACUGAAUUACGUCCGUAUAGGGCGCCUUGCUUAUAAAUGUUGAGUUUGAUUCCUCUCGAGAAAAGGUUGAGUUUAUAAAUUCAACUCGCUUGGAAACGUACUGAAGCUCCACAUGACAAAAAAAACAUGGUCCCAUUCCCCACUCUAGCACGUCACCUUCUUCUACGAGUCCAGAUCUUCAUCUCAACAACAUUUAUAGAGUGUCAAAAAAUUCUAAGCUAGUUUAAACCAUUUGUUUACUUUCAAGACUACUCUGAUAUAUGGUCUUCAUUGUCUCCUUUUCUUUUCAUGCCCACUAUAUAUCUAGUUACUGUUUUAGUAGGAACUAGGAACUAUAUCACAUUUGACUUAGCAAGGCCCAUUUCUGUCCAACUAUUUACCUCAAACACCUUCCAUUCUGAGCGUCUACUUUCUUCCUAGCAACUGCGAGCUCGGAGCUUAUUAGCACUUGCAGCAUAAAUCAUUGCAAGUAGUUGCCUCUUGCUUUCUUCUUCCUCCUCCUCCUCUUCUUCAUCUUGGUGGUGGUGCUAGCUGGUUCUCGCUUCCAUUGAUAUCAUAUCCAUAGCAGCAGAGACAGCGAGAGGGGAUGCCCAUGGCUCUGGAGUCAUGGCUCACCAAGGUCCGCUCAGCCAUGUCCUCUGCAAAGUCCUCGGCAGCGCUGCCGGGCCCCAAGAAGAGCAGCGUCGGCAUCCUCGCCUUCGAGGUCGCCAGCCUCAUGUCCAAGCUCCUCCACAUGUGGCGCGCCAUCGGGGACGCCGCGCUCGCGCGCCUCCGCCACGAGACCAUCAACUUAGACGGCGUUCGCAAGGUCGUCUCCGACGACGAUGACUUCCUCCUCGGUCUCGCCUGCGCCGAGCUCGUCGACGCGCUCCGCGCUGCGUCCGACUCCGUCGCCGCGCUCGCCGCGCGCUGCGCCGACCCCAGCCUCCGCGAGUUCAGGAGCGCAUUUUUGGAGUUCGCCGACACCGGCCGCGACCGGCAACGGUGGGCGGCGGCCAGCUGGAAGGAGAUGGAGACGAGGGCGCACAAGAUGGACAAGCAGGUGGCCAGCACUUCCGCGCUCCGCAGAACCAUGGAGGAGCUGGCCGAGGCCGAGCACGGCCUCCGCAAGCUCCUCCAUAGCGGCAACGGCGGCGGAUGCCAUCGCAGCAGCCUGUCGGCGAGUAAGAUCUCUGUGGCGGCCGAGCAGCAGCAGCUGAUAUUCUCCAAGAAGCAGGAGGUGAAGCACCUCAAGCAGACAUCCCUCUGGGGCUGCACCUUCGACGCCGUCGUCGCAUCGCUGGCGCGUUCGGCAUUCACCACCCUCGCGCGCAUCAAGCUCGUCUUCGGCGCCGGCCACGAACAGCGCCACCCACCGCUGUACCGCAGCCUGACACUCUCCUCGGCUGUACACCCGUCCGCCGACGCGCAGUCCCCGCUGCCGCUGGCGCGGAAGUCCAUGUCAAUGGAGGGGCUGCUGUUCGACCAGAGCCUCGCUUCGAAACGGGACGGUUUCUUCGAGAACAGCGCGGCGGCGCUAUCGCCCCCGCCGGGGACGCUGGGCGCGGCCGCGCUGGCGCCGCGAUACGCCGGGCUGGUGAUCUCGAUCGAGCGGAUGGCACGGUCGCCGCGGCUAGUGGGACCCGACGAGCGGGACGAGCUGUACGGCAUGCUCACAGCGAGCGUGCGCGCGCAGCUUCGCGCGCGUCUGCGCGGCACGGUGCCCGCCGCCGACCCGGGGCUGGCCGGGCAGUGGCGCGCUGCGCUGGCGGGGAUCCUGGAGUGGUUGGCCCCGAUGGCGCACGCGACGAUGCGGUGGCAGGCGGAGCGCAGCUUCGAGCAGAGGAAUAAGUCGGCGGACGUGACGGCGAGGUGCGGCGGCGGGGGCAACGUGCUGCUGCUGCAGACGCUGCACUUGGCCGACCGUGACAAGGUGGAUGCUGCGGUCGUCGAGCUCCUCGUGGGGCUGAACUACGUGUGGCGUUUCGAGAAGGAGAUGAGCUGCCGCGCGCUCUUCGCCGUCCACCGGCAGCUGAUGGAGGGCAACUUGAACGGCGUGGAGGACACCGCCGGCGCGGCCGACGGCAGCUGCCAAGGCAAUGGCAAUGGAACAGUAAGCUCAUGCGCGUAGACCGUCCGAUCAGAAAUCAACUACGACGAGGGCAAGAUGUUGAUCGAUAGAGCGACAGAUUUGGGCUGCGCUGUUUCAAGUUUUUUAUUUGUUUCUUUUUGCUAGUUGAUCUCCAUGUAUUUUGUGGUAAUUAAUUGGGGAGGGAUGGAAUCUUGAUGUACAAAUUAAAGAAAGAUGACUCCUGGUAGUGAUCAACUCCAGUAGUAAGAAACAGAUGACUCCUAGUCCUAGAA